CGGAACACUACCUAACCUACCUAACAUCAUUCAUAUACUUUGUGCUUCUCAACGAUUUAACUCAACAUUACUCAGCUAGAACUAGCAGGUCGUUCUCAUUUAAUAGUUCAUUUAAUAGUAACAAACAAACCUACCUCCUUCUUAAUACUCUUUCACCAAACCUACCUUAUAAGUUAUUAGACUACAUUUGGCUUAUUGUCCAUCUAUUAAUGCUCAAGAUGACUACCGAAGCCACCGUCCGAACUUUCUUCAACUCCCCUCAAUUCGCUGUGGUGGGCGCAAGCACAAACCCCGCCAAGUUCGGUCAUAAGGUCUUCACCUGGUACCAUGCACACUCACUCCCCGUGACGCCUAUCAACCCGGCGAGCGCCAGCAUAGAGACGCCUUUCGGCGUGCACCCGACCGUCAAGUCUCUCGCCGACCUGCCCGAUCCGCAGCACACCUCGCUGUCGGUCAUCACGCCAGCACCCGUGACCCUGACCGUGCUGAAGGAGGCCAAGAAGCUUGGUAUCCCCGCCGUGUGGCUUCAGCCGGGCACUUGGGACGAUGCGGUGCUCGAGUAUGCGCGCGGCGGCGAGGAGGGAGCGGAAGAGGGUGGCUAUGAUGGCGCCUUGGUCGCUGGGGACGGCGGCAGCGGCCACGGCGGCUGGUGCGUCCUCGUCGACGGUGAGCGUGGCCUCAAAUCGGUAGGAAAACUGUGAGUCGAUUCGUGCUGUACCUCUACGAGUUGAGAGUCGACAAAGGCUUAAAUUGCUAGGAAGAGGCGUGGGGUGGGAAAGCUUAUGGGAGCGGUGUGCGCUCUAAUGUAAGCGCGACGACUUGC